GUAUAUAAUAAAUGUCACAAAAGUAGUAAAUACACAUGUACGUAAGUUUAGUAGCAAAGUUGUUUGAACCAAUCAAUGUUAACUUGCGCAAAAUGAAUAAAACUUUGUCGACUGAUGAAUACAAUCUCUUGUUGAACAAAUUAAUUUAGCCGAAUAGUUGGCUACUGCACUCGCUACUAGCGCCUACAACGAUUGAAGCAAAGAACUAUCAUGAUUCCUAAAUUUCAACGUAGAGUUCACAGACUUCAGAAAACAUGUACAUAAAACGAAAAUAAAUGAAUAACCAGAAGCAGUUCAACAUACAUACAAGUUUCUUACUUGAGUUGUUAAAAUUCUGGUCUUAGAUUAAUGUAAACUUACGAUAAUUAUCUUCUCUUUUUAUUUACGCAUAUAUUAUACAGUAGUGAGUGGUAUGUAUAUAAUCACAGUUACUGUCGUCAAAUAAGUGGUCGGAAUAAGCUUAUGGUAAGGUGUAGUUUUGUAUUAAAAAAAUUAAAAUUACAAUUAAGAUUGAGCAUUUGAAAGAAAGUGAUUAAAGUAAGAUUUUUUUACGUACUACUCAAAAAAGGAACAAAACCGCACAAAUGGUGCAUUCGCCGCAGAAUACAUAUGCUAGAUUGUUAAGAUCUUGCGGAAAGGUCUCCUAAAAGGAGUGCCUUUAAUAAGAAAUUUUUUGUUCUGGUAGUCAGAUAUUGAGAAUCUUAAAAAUGACAGAAAAUCGGGGAAAUUUUUCGACUCCAACCAAUCAAAGUUCUAGCAGACCAUUCAAUUUUCAACAUUUGGAUUUUGGACCUAUUAAUGAUGUUCAGAAUGAAAUGUCAGAAAAAAGAAGACAAUUCAAACUUAACUUUCAAACACAAGGAAGUAAUAUGUCAUUUAGUAAUUCAACCAAUUCUUCUGUUUCUAAUUCAAGUGGAACUGCAGCAAGUUUACCGGUAUCUUCUCGUCCAAAUUUACCUUUAUCUUUGCCUAAACUACCAGCAAGAUCAUGUGGUAAAGUUUCACAAGAACUUCCUGACAAAGCAAGAGAUAAAUUACGAAUGUGUCAGUCGAUGCAAAGUACUGGAAAAUUGCAGCUAUCACCAAAUGUAAUAUAUGAUUUUACAAGUGAAGAUCUUGAAGAUUUAGGGGAAAUAGGGCGAGGAGGAUUUGGCACUGUAAAUAAGAUGAUUCAUAGGAUAAGUGAUACUGUUAUGGCUGUGAAGAGAAUUCGUUCUACGGUGGAUGAAAGGGAGCAAAAACAACUAUUAAUGGAUUUAGAAGUUGUAAUGAAGUCUAACGAAUGCCCAUGCAUUGUGCAAUUUUAUGGAGCUUUAUUUAAAGAAGGUGACUGUUGGAUUUGCAUGGAACUCAUGGACACCUCAUUAGAUAUAUUUUAUAAGUUUAUUCAUGAGGUAUUGAAGGAAAGGAUACCAGAACGUAUUUUAGGAAAAAUUACUGUUGCCACAGUAAAGGCAUUGAAUUACCUCAAAGAAAAAUUAACAAUAAUUCAUAGAGAUGUAAAACCUAGUAAUAUCCUAUUAGAUCGUCAUGGUAAUAUAAAGCUUUGCGAUUUUGGUAUAUCAGGACAGUUAGUAGAUUCUAUUGCACGAACCCGAGAUGCUGGAUGCAGACCAUAUAUGGCUCCAGAAAGGAUAGAUCCUCAACGUGCAAAGGGUUAUGACGUUAGAAGUGAUGUGUGGUCACUAGGAAUUACAUUAAUGGAAAUAGCAACUGGAUAUUUUCCGUAUCCAAAAUGGAAUUCAGUUUUUGAACAACUUUACCAAGUGGUUCAAGGUGAUCCACCGCGAUUAUCUCCUAAUGAAAACGGAAAUCAUUUUACUAUGGAUUUCGUAAAUUUUGUGAAUACAUGUUUAAUUAAAGAAGAGACACAAAGGCCGAAGUACAAUAAAUUGUUAGAACAUCCUUUUAUCAGAAAGGCAGAAGAAGAUACGGUUGAUGUCUCAGCGUACAUAAGUGGCGUUCUUGAUAACAUGACUCUCAGGGGAUUAACGCCUUUUACUACUAAUCGGCAUUAAACCGAUAAUAUAAAAUAACACACAUUUGUACCUUAAUUUCUAUAAUUUUUCAGUCUUAAGAUUGAUUAUUGUAAAUGAGUAGGUUAUUUGCACAAUUUAGUGUAGAUAGUAAAAUCAAUCAACAUCGAUCAUUGUCGAUAAUAAAUCAUUUUAUGUAGAAUCA